UUCUCAGUCAGUCGCAUGCCUCCGACCUCUCGCGCAGGUGUGUUCGCCGCCGCUCCCGCCACGCCACACGUAACCUCCAAUUCGGGCCCACAUCGCGCAUAACCCCCCAAAAAGCCCCCCAUUUCAUAAAAUCAGUGCGCCGGAUUCCCACGAGUACACCCGUAUCAACUCUGAAAGUGAAUUUGUCACGUGCCCCCUCCGUACCCCGGAAAAAUUUUCAAAAUCGAGCGCGCGUCCUUCAAAAACCAAAAUUUGGGUUUCCUGACGUUUCAGCGAUUGAUGUGUUUACCAUCUCAGCAUUCAAAUGCUAAAUGUAUAGUGUUUAGUGGCUCGAAAGCUGUGACCGAAUAGUUCGAAAUAACUGUGUUGUUGGUUUGCUCAAGUGUUUGCGAUGCCGUUAGACCAGUCACAAUGUUCUCUCUGUUUUAAAACCCGUGCUGGUGCUAACAAUCGGUGCAUGUCGAUGAAGUGAUGCGACCGGUGUCCAUCGCAGAGCAGUGAUUGGUUCGUCGUAUUUCUGUUUUGUUUACCUCGAGUUUUUGGCUAGUGUGCUCCCCCCGCAAGGGGACUGGUGCCCCGAAAAAUGGGGAUUUCGAGUUUGUAUGAGCGGCAUUUGAAUACUUAGGAAACUUCGCGACUUAUUUGGAUACUUCUGUUCCAGCUCUUUUCAGUCACCCUUUCUCGCCAUGGGAUUGCUGACGGUCAAUGCAGUGUCUGGCGGACGCCGAAGAAGCUUUCGAAUGCAGCGCCGGCAUUCGCCCUCGUCCGUGAGGGAUGGCUUCCCGGAGCAAGCUGCAACCAGACGAGGGGAUUCCGGUGAGGUGACCCUCGCACCCAAGAAAAAGGAUCGCAAAUGGACGCUGAGCGGACUCUUCCGACGGCGGAAAAACAAAAGCAGCGACACUGAGAACUCCUCCUCGCUGGAAGAAAAUCUACCCGACAACAGCAACAAACACAAAGGCAGCUUCCUCAAGAGGAAACUCUCCUUGAAGAAGCAUCACAGCGGCAGCCGAAAAGUCGUAGGGAAAUUCGAGUUCUCGAAAAACGUAACCAGCAACGACAAUCACGAAACGUCUCCAACAAAUAAUCGCGACUCGCACUUUACCGGUAACAGUUAUGACAAACUCUCUAGUCUAAAUUCGUCCUCACUAUCAUCGAAACAGAAGUUCGACUCUCUGACUCUCCUGCAAACAGGGUCCAGCUGCGGGUCCCUGAACAGCUCGGGCAAGAGAAGUGCUAAAAAUGAGGUGAAAGCGCGCGUCGAGGCUGAGCAUGAUAAAUUAAAAGAUUCGUCCAGCGACGAUGAAUUUCCGCACACCCGAAAGUACCACAGCCAAGACAAUAUAAACGACUCCCUGAAACGGAGGUCACGGGCGGCGCGCACGGAGAGAUACUUAAAACGCCUCAAUCAGAUCAACAAUUUGCCGUAUCACCAGCAAGCCGAGUUACUCAGAAUGCUCGACCGAAAUAAAAUCAAUAUGACCAACUUCGUGCUAGAACCCCAAACUUAUCUGAAAGCUCAAUCCGCAAAUUCUAGUCUCACCAAUAGUCCUUUGCCUAAUAUAAAAUUUACCUUCUGUCCAGGUGCGCCGAACAAUAACCAGAAUAAUCUUUACGUUAACUUGAAUCACUCCAAGCACCACAAAGUGACCAAGUCUUUCUCCAAGCCCUCGCCGAUUUUACCGAGGCAGGGCUUGCGGCAAAGUGAUUUUCACAACAGUGUCAAUUCGGUCGACGAUAGACAUAUUUACAUGAACGUCGCCAGCCCCAAUGUGAGGCUUGAAUCCAAGGUACCACCCACGCCCCCGCCGCGUGAUCCCCACAGAAAAGUCAUCAUGACUUAUUCGAGUCCGAGUUGCGUCGGUUAUCAACAGAGACCUGUUUCGUACGCCUUCGAAGCCCCGAAAUGCACUUCCGUGGAUAACUUGCCCAGCCAAAGCAAACCUUUAUCAAAUUUGUGCUGCGGCGCCAAUAACCAGAGGUCGAACUCUGAACAGCACAUAAGCAAUGGCUCCGUUUAUUCUCCUGUCAACGACAGGCCCGCGUCUGUGCUUCAGUUCACCUCAGAUAUCGAUUAUUCACCAACCCCCGUCGACUAUCAGUACAUCACAGAUCAGAAACCGCGGAGUCGGCGGCCCAUCCAAAUAGAGUGCCCUGAAGAACAUAGCAGCAAAGAAAGUAAUAAUUUAAAACCUAAUAGUAGGCUCUAUUUUAGUGAUCAGCAUAUAAAUAGCUACCGAUUUGAAAAUGGCUCCAAUUCGAGGAGCGUGAUUAACUCAUCCGAAGAUCAACUUUGGAAACAGGGAGACUCGUCACGUCUGUCUGAUACGGCAGUUACGAAUGCAACGUACAAUGCAAAUACGGCAACGAGCGGUAACUCUUAUAUCCAAUUCAACAAACCCAAUAAAGCCGAACAAAGUCAUCUAGAUUGUAAUUCAGAGCACGCUUCCAGCCCAACGGCGUAUCUGUCUCGGAGAAAUAGCAAGGAGAUUGGCCAGCUCGUUCGACCUCUCUCGAUGGUGCUCGAAAAGUCCGAGUCAGAGGUUGAGUCCUCCAAGCCUGAUUUACGCGCCUCGAAUCGCUCAAAUCCCAAGUCUCUACCUCCAGACCCUCCGAUUCGCAAGAAUUUCAGUAACGCUGGUACGAAGCGGGUCGCCUUUGAUCGAUCCAGCGAAAGAGUCCCUUCUUCGCCUAUGGAUCCCUCUCAAGGAUUCCCAAUGGACUCCGUAAACUCUGUUGACAUAGAUCAGUUGCUAGAGUUUAACAAACAAAAUUAUCCAUCGUCCAAUUUAGAGGAGGCCUUGAACGAAUUGGAGGAAAUUUACAAAAGCUUACAGUUGAGCGACGAUGACCUUUUGGACCGAGCGGAGAGGAGGGACGUUCCCGCCCAACUGCAUGCGAUUUUAUCACGGGAUUACGAGUCGGAUUCCAGUUGUGACGAAAUCGACGGAAGCAUAGCCAAACGCCGCCAACGAACACGAAGCUUAUCGAUGGACCGCAAAAAAGAUGAUAUGGCCUACCGACGAAUCGUUAAGAGUGACAACCCAAAUGUUGUGCCAAAACUAGACACGAGGAAUAUAAUGUCUCAAGCCGGAAGUUUCUUACUUGUCUCGCCGACGCUUGCUCCGCCAGUAUUUCCGAAUCUGUCCGAGCCUCCGAUGUCACCUGAUUUAACCAAUGAGCCAGACGUCACGUUUGACGAUGUCGUUUUCCGAUCAAUCAAGCAUGUAAACAAUUCAUUAAGGACGUUGGAUCCUCAACCGCCGUUCGGGAUACCCGUUGGACCUAUCACUCAAGCGUCUAGUUCAGAUUAUCUCCAUGCUAUACCGGAGGACAGGUACAAACCUACAUUUUCCUCCAGAAAAACACCCGACGUCGUCAAAGAUGAUCUAGCUUUCCGUAAUUUGCGUAAAGACCUGAAUCAAACUCCGUGUGAAUAUCGAAAAAAGCGCGCGAUACGAUCUCUGUCAGCAAAUUUAAGCGGAGUCUUGAGUCGGGCUGAGAAGUUGAAGUAUUCAUUCCCUCAUCCCCUGUCUUAUGCUCGAUCCUCAAGUUACAAUGAUCUACCCAAUGAGUGCAACACGAAAUACCAUCCGAAUUUGGAGCCCUCCAUAUCUCAGAUGUAUUCCUCCGCAAGCACCGAGUCACUAACCGACUUUGACGUUAGUGAAUUUCUGCGCCACAAAACACCAUCAAAUUAUGAGGAGUUAUUACGGAAGUUUAAUAGCAAGUUCGAAACUUCCACACCGAAUGGGAAUCCAGAUCAGAUUGAUCAAGAAUAUGAUACAAAGGCAUCUGUCAUGGGGAAAAGUGAAGUCCAGGAACUAGUACAAGCUAUCGAAAAUAACGAGUUAAACAAAAUCUCUACAAAUCAGGAAAAAACUAGCCAGCCUAAGGUGAUUGUACCGGACACUCGUGAUUCAGUUCAACCUAAAGACACCAAAGUUGCCAACUGUGACCCUGUCUCGGUCGUAGAAUCCAAGGAUCGAUUUCAUAAUUCGCAUGACUACCCUGUUAAUAAGAUCUUCGAAAAUGCAAAAGAUCACAAUGAUUUCAGAGACGCAAGCAGGAACGAAUUAAUAACGACAUCUAAUUACAGUCCCGCAUACUCAACUGAAUCAAAAGUAGGUUCAAAACGCCAUCACCGCUCUACUAAUUUAAAUGAUUUUGCCAAAGAAUAUGAAGAGAACAUAAAAGAAGCCCCUUCAAAAACAGACGGGCCCCAAACAGAUGAAAACUGUAACGCUAUUUCUGAAGAUGAUGGAAAUAAAUCCAAGUCCAAAGUAGAAAAAUUAAGCUCAAAAUCAAGUUCUAAGAGGAGUGAAAAUCUGAAUGAACUGAGAAGGAAUAUUGUUUUGAGCAGUAGUAUCUCGUCUGGAAAAUGUGAAAAAAUUGAAACAUCUACUAAAAGUAGUACGACUGAGUUGGUAUCACCAGGCCUUGCAACGAAUGAAAAGCGAACUUCUCCAGAAAAAUCUGAGAGAACCUACCUGAAAAAUCAAAGCACAUCACUUGAAGAUUUUGCAGCUGAAAGUAAAAAUGUGAAAUCUAAAGAGCGCUCAUUGCAGAGCUCAGAACAGAGUUCAAAGAAAGUGUUCGAGUUGAAAACUAGACGUCAUAGCAAGAUAGAAAUUCCUGAAUAUUUCGGGAAGAACAAAGAUGAUAAAAGUGUAUCGUUGUCUCAUGAAAAGUCCAACGCAGAUACUGAAUCUAUGAAAGUUUCAAGUGAAAGUCCGAAAGUAAAAAAGAAACGAUUAAGUAAAAUAGAAAUCCCUGAGUUGUUUAGAGAACACGAAAAAGAAUUAUCUACAAAUGAACAUCAGAUGCAAAAUUCUACGGUAAAUGCUGCUUCUGAGCUUGAUUCAAAGUCCUCAAGAACUCCAAAAUUGAAGAAAAAACGAUCGAGUUUGACUGAAAGUGCUGAUUCUGCAAAGGAAAAGAAAGAAAGACCAUCUUCAAGUGCGAGCUCUGUGAAAGACACGGUCGUGAAGAAUAGUUCAGAUGAUAAAAAAUCUAAAACAACGAAGAGUCCGAAGUUGAAAAAGAAGCGGCUCAGCCAGAUUGAAUCUCCUGAAAAAGCGGUUGAUAGUCAUGAGAAAUUGAAGUCUAAUGAUAAAACGGCGCAAGAAAGUAAACCGUUAACUGGCAAGUGUGCAGAACCUGAAUCGAGAUCGGAGAAAAGCUCAAAAAAAAGUAAAAGACUUGGUCAAAUGGGAGUUUCUGAAAAAUUUAGGAAAAGUAUGGAGCAUUUAGCGUCUAGUUAUGCAACUGAGCAAGAAGCCGACCUUAAAUUUACUAGUACUAGUAGUUCCGAAGGUGAUUUGGCGGCAAAAGCCUCAAAACUUUCAAAAUCUAAAAAGAAGCGUCCAAGUCAAGUUGAUCUUUCCGAAAAAACUCAGAGUGCUCAAGAGUGCUCAAUCCUUAGCAGUAGUCAAUCACAAGCCGCGGUUUCAAAAUCAAACGACAGUAACGAACGUGUCUGCAAGUCUAAGUCAUCCAGAAGUCCUAGUAUUAGACGGAAAAAAGUCAGCGGCGAAAAUUUGAUCAGUAUUGAUGUGAUAGAAAAUGAUACAACGCAUUCUGAGAGACAAAAUGUUGACUCUGAUCAGCCAAAAAUCACUGCUUCCGAGAGAACCUCGGAAAGUUCAGGUCAUCGCAGGAAAAGCUCUGGACAGUUAGAGAUCCCGGAAAUUUUUCGAAACUCCAACGACAGAAUAAACUUGCUAGAAAAAGAUAAAGUGCGUUCUGAGAAACACCCUGUCGACUUUGAGCCGAAAGAAAUUGCUGUUUCAAAAAGAACAUCUGAAGAUUUGGAACAGCGUAGGAAAAGCUCGGGUCAAUUAGAAAUUCCGGAAAUAUUUCGAAAUUCCAACGAAAAAUUAAAUUUAUCGAGUACUUUAGCUGAAGUAAAAUCUGGUGAUAGCUCCAAUGAAAAUGUCAAACAGCCCAGUAAAAUUUCAAUCCCUGAGGUAUUUCAAGAUAGCUGCAUAAAAGCAGGCGCCAAGGAAAGUUUGACAUCCAAAACCAUCAGAGAUGUCAGUUGUGAAAACUUGAAAUCAAAGGAGGGAUCCAAGGAGACUCCUUCUACACAAAUUAUUAGCACAGCUACGCUAAAUAUCUCACUGGAAAACGCUCCUUCCAUUGCGUCCAAAAUUAAUGUAGCACCUUCUCAGAAGACUUUACCAUUGAAAUCUAUUCUCAAAAAAACUGAAUUCAAAAGCGUAGAAACAAAGGUGAGCACCCCGGACGCGACUACGAUUUCUGAGUUUGUAGAAAAAAGUGGCGAGGAUUCCGGGGUCAUUGUAGAGUCAUUGGGUGACGCGUUCUUGAGUUUCAAUGACAAUGUCGAAAAAAUUGAGACUUGUGCGUCAAAUAGUCUAGAUAUUGAUCAGAAAAUCAUCGCUGAUCGUCCCUCAUCACAUGUGUACAGAUCGGAGUCGAUUUGCCCUGUCCAAACGGAUACACAUUCCAUAGUUACCGAGUUAUCCGAGAGUCAAAAUCAAACUGAACUUGUGAAUAAAGAAAUCGAAAAGAUCUUGAAGAAUUACGAAAGUAAGGUGUCUGAAGCUGGCUGCGCUGGAAAACCCAGCGCUGUCGUCUCUUCGAAUCAACAGAACGAUGUUUCAAAUUCUUUGGCUAACGAAAUAAAUGUUCUCUCCGCAGAGAAUUGCAAUGAAAAUUCGUUUUGCAAUGAACCAGAUCGAAGAGAAAUCAGCACUAUUAUUGAGUCUUUUGCACCCCUCGAAAAUUGUUCUAAAGAACCGGAUUCGAACGACAAGGACGAGAUAGUAAUGGCAUUAAGUGAGCUGACUUCAAAACUGAGCACCCCUGCUCUUGUCACGGCCAGUAAACCAGAAUUAGAACCGCUCACUCAGAGUCUUGAAAAUCGUCGAGAACUUGAUGUUACCAGCUCAGCAGACCCAGUGAGUUCCCCUGCCUCUAAACCUCCUCAAAGAAGCCCGGAAGAACGGAAUGGAAGUAGCCAGCCGCUGAUCCGAAGAAGUCUAAAGUCUGCCAAUCAGAGUUGCUUCACCAAAAGUUCGAGCAGUUGCUCUGACUUUGAAGGUAUUGCCCUGUCUACAAGUUCUUUGUUGGCAGCAUCAUAUUGCUUCGCAUGUCUGCUCCAGUCAGAUUACUUGAGUUUAGUGAACUUGAUGGCUGCCAUUGUCGUAAUAGUUGCAUGUUUUGUUCUGUACCAUGUUUUAGCUGCUGAGUAACUGAAGUAGGAUUUCGCUCGUGCUGUAUCUAUUUGUUAAAGCAUUGACAGUGCCGUCUCUUUAAAAGCUUCGUUUUUUUGUUUGUUUGUUUUAUCUAAUUUUAUUAUAAAAAAGGAGAGUAACAGAAACAAAGGGAUACUCGUACAAUCUUAAAGUGCAUUUAAGUAUCUAGUAAAUAUUCAUUGUUGAUAAUCAUAAACUUCACAUCUAAUAGACGUUGCAGAUCUAAGAUCAUUUUCCAUAUUUUGCAGAAAUUACGACCCAAUUUUUUCAUUUGUGACUAUCUUUUCUCGUGUCUAAUUUUUUGUCACCAUUAAAGAUUUUAAGUUUUUUUCAAAAUAGCAUCCAAUAAGUUCCUCUCAUUGUUAGACUGAUUAUCAAUUCUUUAUGAAGAAAAGUGUGCCAUCAGUAUUAAAAUUAAAGCUCCUAUCAUUAUAUUGAUGCUGGCCACCAUCACAGUUUCCUUAAAAUCAUGCAUUCACAUAAAAAGUACGUUCAAAGCUUGGAAGUCCUUUUAGACUGCUUCAUUUUGUGAAUUUAAAUACUCUGUAGGACUUUUCCCUUCGUGUUUGUUUUCGUGUGUGUGCGUUUUUUUCUUUAAUUGCAUCUCAUUCACUGUUUAUGCAUGUCCUCUCACGAUCGAAGUUUUCAGAACAUAAUAGUAGAAAUCGCGGUGAAGAUGGGUUAUAUUAUUACAUCAUUAUUCCUCAUUUGCAAAGCAAACUUUCAAAAUUCCAACAACUGAAUCGCAUAUGUAUUUCAUUUCAUAUUCUUACGAUUCUUUACUGACAUUGAGGGGCUUUGUGAUAACGCGCAAGAUAUUAAAAGCCAUCGUCCCCUUUAAUACGACGAGUGCAUCUAUUGUCUUUAUUUAUCCGUUGAAUUGGAUUUCUAAAUUUAGACUAGGGGUGCAGCAUGUUCUCGGCCUAACGACCGAUCGGUCGUUCACAGACUUCGUAAGCAUGGCAAUGGAAAAAUUGCGGAGGCUACGAUCUUGAAUAAUGAGUGAUCUAAAUUGAUUACGCUCAAAAUGUAUCUCAUGUUUGUGUACACCUCCUGAACUUGUGUACGCGCGUCAUUACCCCAUGAAUUUCCAAAUAGCGUACACAUCUCGGAAUUUAGUGCGAUUUGCGAGUAUAGAACCAACAGGGGGAUCAAAAAUCGGGGUCUGUCGCGAGCUCGGGGAAACGGCGUAAUGCUUGAAGUAUCCCAACAGUUUUGCAGGCGCUUUCCGUGAUCGUUCUUCGCGCAAAGCUCAAAAUCUUGGAAUCUUGGAAUCUUAGGAAGCUGAGAUCCCUUUUCACAGAUCGGGUCACAAUUAUGCAGCAACAAAACUUUCUCGAAUAUCCGCAACAAUGAAAAAGAGCCAGGUCUCUUUUCCGCUGACUCAGAGAUUUUAACGCUGGGUAGAAAAGUUGCAUGGGGCAAAACACGCGAUACAAUUAUUGAGACCUCCAAGUAGGUAAAAUUGCAUACCUACAAAGCGAAGGGGAACAUGGUGUCCUGUAGCAUCUGAACUCUUCAGUUCGUCAAACCCAACUUUCAGUUCGUUUAACUGAAGGGUCGGUUAUAAAAAUAUACUUAUGAAAGAAGUUUGGUUGCAUGAACUUAUCGGCUUCUAAAAAGUGAACGCUCGACGUACUAAUUUUGACAAAAACUUAUGACCAGGAUGUUGAAUGGUAUUUUCUAAGAAUUAGUGCGAACGCACUGAUUUUUACGAAACUAGUGCGAGAGUCUUGAAUUUUUUAGAAAAUAACUGCGGAAGCGUGAAUUUUUUCAAAACGUUAUCACAAAAGCGUUAACAUUUUGAGAAAUCUACUGCGAAAGUUUUGAGUUUUUAGGGUGGCAAGUCAUUUUUCCUAAAAAAAAUGUUUCUUACUCCAAUUUUUCCUAAUACUUUUUUCCUACUGGUUUUUUGUCCCAUCACAGUUAGUCCUACGAGUGAGAUGUCUUACUGGCUUUUUUCCUAUGGGCAUCUGUCCUAAAUUCAAUUUUAAAACUAGGGGAUCGAGAAAGUAAAAAAACAACAUAGAUACCUCACAAGUUAAAGUUGUGGCCGCAUGCCCGUAAGUAGUGGAGCUUCGUCCUCCUCCUUAUAUUGAGGGUAUAGAAGGCUCAGCUUGUGAUGUCUCCUGUUCACGCGCUUAUAUUCGGCUCGCUGAGAAAACUUUACUCUCUCUUUUCCGUCUACUCUACUCAUGUUUACGUUUCAAUUAUUAUUGGAUUAUUAGGACAAACACCCUUAGGAAAAAAGCCAGUGGAACAUCUCACUCGUAGGACUUACUGUAAUGGGACAAGAAACGAAUAUGAAAAAAGUAUUAGGAAAACCUGAUGUAGGAAAAAAAAUUAGGAAAAAUGACCUAGCACCGUUUUUAGAAAAUUAAUGCGACCGCAAUUGAUUUCUCGAAAAUUACUGUGAAUGCGCUGCAUUUUUGAGAAAGUUGCCGCGAACAUGCAAUGUCAAAGUGUGUAGGCUGAAUCCCUGCUUACUCGAAAUUGCGUUGGCCGAAGAACUUUCUGCACCCUUGAUUUAGACGUCACAUUAUCAUUUUCAAGCGAAGGGGACGUAAUAGUUUUCUAAUCUUUUCACCGACGUCGUAUAUACAUGUUGUCCUCCCUUUCAAAGAGUGGUGAAAAGGAGAAAAAACCUAGGUUCUCAAUACCUGUAAAAUUUUUAAACAUCAAAGAUAACCGUGUAGCUCAGUUAUCAUUUUUUCAAUGAGAUCUGUUUGUAAAUUAAUUUAGGCUCGGCGAUAGUGAGUGUACCUCAUUUUCGUUUCUCGAUUCCAAGGUACAAAGCUUUAUUUUAAUUUUUCCGUCACGAGCCGAAUCGUACCCGGUGCAUAUCCCCUCCUACUCCCUUUGAUGAAGUCUGAGGCACCCUUUAAUAGGAAAUCAUAAAACAAAUAAAAAAAGGAAUAAGUAUCGUACUAAAUUCGGUAUCAGAAACAGGAUGGAAGAUAGUUGAGUUGGUUUGACUUAUCCGUUCAGGGGUGUGUUUCUCCUCCAAUAUUGUUGCUACGUUUUUAAAGUCUAUCAGGAGCCAUUUUUAAAACAUAAGUCUUGUUAUUGCACAAAUUUUGUUAAUUCUAUCUUAUAUUGUUGAAAGUUUUACCAGUUUUCCCCCAUAAGUGUUGUAAUUAUUUUAACUAUAGCUAAAUUUACGUUUCUUUUCUCAAUGAAACUUUUUUGUUAAGCUACGAAACACAGCUUUUUGAGCUUGCUUGUAAAUAUUUUUUUAAUAAAAAUGUCCAUCAAUUCUUUUAUUUAUUUCAA